CCGCCGCCGCCGCCAUGAAGUUCGUCUACAAGGAGGAGCACCCGUUCGAGAAGCGCCGCUCGGAGGGCGAGAAGAUCCGAAAGAAGUACCCGGACCGAGUCCCGGUCAUUGUGGAAAAGGCACCCAAGGCCCGGAUAGGAGACCUGGACAAGAAGAAAUACCUUGUCCCGUCAGACCUCACAGUUGGGCAGUUCUACUUCCUGAUCCGGAAAAGAAUCCAUCUCCGAGCAGAGGACGCCCUCUUCUUCUUCGUCAACAACGUCAUCCCCCCAACCAGCGCCACCAUGGGGCAGCUCUACCAGGAACAUCACGAGGAGGACUUCUUCCUGUACAUUGCCUACAGCGAUGAGAGCGUCUAUGGCAGCAUGUAAGGCAUGCCUCCACCUGCUGCCACCAGGGGGCGUGUGCUCCUGAAGGGACCUGCACUUUUUGUUGUUGUUUGUUGUUGAUUUUAUGUUUAAGAGCCUUUUUGUCCCAGGGAAGGGGAGGGUCUUUCUUUCUUUCCUUCUUCUUUCCCAUCCUUUAAACCUCCUUCCAUUAUGCCUAAUCACACUUCUUCCUCCCGUUUCCCUCCCCUCGCUCUGGGCUUUCUUUGAGGUGGUUGUGGCUAAAAUAAAAUACCUCUUUUUCUUUUGGUGGUUUCCCCCCCCCCCUUAUCUCCCUCCCAUAUACCAUUCCCCCCCCCUUUCUCUCUCUCUUCCCCAACCCCAUUGUUUUUUAAGGGGUAAGAGGCCUCAAAUACUGAACAGGAAAAAAAAAAUCCUCCCCCAUUUCAGUCUUGCAUCUUCACUACCACGCCCUGAGUUUGCUCCUAUUAGGGCUGUGCUCUGCCUGGCAGUUUCUGUAACCAGAGGGGAUGGGGAAUGCUAAUUAAAAAUAUAUAUAUAAAGAGAAA